CUUGAGGCUUUUGCAAUUAACUUUAUGUUUGUGAAUUUCAGAUACCUACAUAGGUGGGAUUUAGAUCCUGCAAUUGAUGUUCUCACUAUGUGCAUCUGCCACUUGCCUUCUUAUGAACCUUUGCGGAGUGAGGUCUUGCUUAUGAGGAAAGCUCUUCAGAGAUACCGUCACAUUUUAAAUGCUGAUGAGCAUUACAGCACUUGGCAAGAGGUAGAAGAUGAUUGUAAGAAAGAUCCUGAAGGUUUAGCACUAAGAUUAGCUGGUAAAGGGGCUGUUUUUGCUGCUUUAGAAGUUGCCGAAAGUGCAUCUUUAUCUGUCGAGUUGCGUAGAGAACUGCAAGGCCGACAACUUGUUAAAUUACUCACAACAGACCCACUUAGUGGUGGAGGCCCAGCUGAGGCUUCAAGGUUUCUUUCUUCAUUGCGUGACUCAGAUGAUGCCCUACCCGUUGCUGUUGGAGCUAUGCAGCUUUUACCUGACUUGCGCUCUAAGCAGCUUCUUGUGCACUUUUUCUUAAAACGGAGAGUUGGAAACCUUUCAGACACUGAAGUUGCCCAACUUAACUUGUGGGCACUGGGUCUUCGUGUUUUAGCUUUACUGCCAUCGCCAUCCCAGCAACGAUGUUCGGCUUUGCAUGAACAUCCUCAUUUGAUUCUUGAAGUUACAUUGAUGAUGAAGCAGCUACAAUCAGCAUCAUUGAUAUUGAAAGACUUUCCAUCCUUGAGAGAUGACAAUCUAAUACUUGCAUAUGCUGCUAAAGCGAUUACUGUGAAUGUUGGUGCUGCUCAUAGGGAGACCAGGAUCUCCGUUUCAGGGUCUAGAUCAAAGCAAAAAACUAGAUCUGGCACACCAUCCAUGUCAAAUUUUGCAAGCAGUAUUGGUAACUGGCAAAGAGAGGCUCGCCGGGCUUUUUCGUGGACGAAUCGUGAUAAUGCGCCCAAGAUUCCUCCAAAGGAUGUUCAUCGAAAGAGAAAGAGUUCAGGAUUUAUGCAUUCUGAUAGAGUUGCUUGGGAAGCAAUGUCAGGUAUCCAGGAGGAGCGUGCCACAGCAUUCUCUGCUGAUGGACAAGAGAGGAUUCCAUUUGUCUGCAUUGCUGAAGAAUGGGUUCUCACUGGUGACCCAAUUAAGGAUAAUGUUGUUCGUGCUUCUCAUAGAUAUGAAACUUCUCCUGAUAUUACACUUUUCAAGAUUCAUUUUGACGAAGGAUUAUCAGCACGACAUAGAGCAGCGGGCGAGGCUACUAGAGUGGUUUCCAAGUCUGUUCGUGGAAAGAGUGCCUCUGAAAAACUAAGUGAAGAUGGGCUUGUAAAAUUCUCAGCCCAGGUAGCUAUCCAGCAUAACCACAGUGCUCUUAUCUCCAUACCACCUACCGAGUUACCAACUAUUUGUCAAGUGGAGGAACAAGAGGAG